UUUUGAGUUGGCAACUCUACUUGGAACCAUAGACUAAUAAGUGACAGCUGGUCGGAGAAAGCGCGUACUUACUUGUUAGUGCUACUCUUUGUAUGAAAAUAGAAGAACAAACUUGUGAAUCACUUCGUGCUCAAGUUCAGAGGUCAUCUCACGAAAAUGGCAUGCUGGAGUUUGAUUGAUUUUGAACCGACCGAAAUGCCUGGAUGGAGGACAUCAAAAAAGGAAAACUCCACACCUGUUAUAAGCACACUUAAAACAUCUGUAAUGCUGCAACAAAUCGUGAAGUUCCAGGCAAAGUACAUGACAACCAACGUCAAUCAUCAAUGCAGUUUUGAGGAAUUGGUCAGAUUUGUUCAAAUCAUCUGCAAAGAAGAACACGUUGGAACCUACGAGAAUGAGAAUAAAACCAAAGAUAUCAUCUCGAAGGUAAUGGCAGCCGACAACAAUCCGAUUCGUCUAACUUCGAGAAAAGAAGUUGAAACUGCCAAUGUUGCCAAAGCUGUUUUGACGCUUCAAAAUAGAGUGAACGAGGAAAAGGAUGAUUGUAAAGGACUCCUGGAAAUAGAUGAAUGCAUCUUAGGAAUCCACCGUAUAUUGCUGACAGGUCUGGAUGAUCAACUGAUGACUCCUGCCGGGAAGUUCUCACAGUUCCUUCGAAGUGCAGAGUAUAAUGGAGAGGUACAUUUUUAUCCCCGUUUUGGAUCUCAAGAAGAAGCGAGGGAUGCCGUUCAACUUUGCCUCGAUCGUUAUAACGAACUUUUCAGUGAGAUCUCGAAACAAAAGAAACAGAACCUUCACUUGUUCGUUAGUCAAAUUUUCAAACUUAGUUCAUAUCUGUUGUUCACUUUGAUAUCUUUGCAUCCAUUUGGGGACGGGAACGGCCGUCUCUGCCGACUGUUGGCAAACUAUUGCUUGUCUACGAUGACCCCGUUUCCAUCUCCAAUUUAUAACGUGUACACUCCGUCCAUGCAUGAAGAUUUUUUGAAUUCGAUUAUUACUUGCAGGAACUCUAACGACAAGAAGCCUCGCGAUUUAUGUGCCUUAAUAAUUGAAGCAAACUAUGCCAGUUGGUUGGAUUACAUUAAGACUAAUAAAGUUUUGACCUAAGUACUUGUUACUGUUGAUAAUAAAGAUCAAAUUUAGUUACUAUUUUUUAAUAUAUUGACAAAGUAUUCAUAUAAAUAAAUAUAUUUUUAUAGCUAAUAUGUUGUCCUUGUACCUUUUUUUUGAGUCAACUCAGUACAGGAAGAAACUAAAGUAUAUUAUGUUAAAGAUAGGCCUCGGAGUCACUGUUUUCUGAAGUAUCCUCAUAUUUCAGGUCAUUUCCACAUGCUUAAUUAGGAAGAUGUGAGAACAAUCAAAAGUGAUUUUAAAGCCAAACAACCUGCCGGACUAUCGGAGUAAAAUUUUCUGGAAGAAAAUAGUCUGCUAUG